AAGUGACUGACUAGCAAGUUAGCAACGUUUCUGUUAUUGUUUGCACUUUCAUAUUCCUGUUAUUCCAUGGUCCAGUUACUUAGACAUAUUACUUAUUAUUUUAAUAUAAGAAUGAAACUGUGAAGUGCACUAUAUUCCUAGGGUGAUAUAUGAGAUUUCUCUUAAAAUGGCUACCGUAUUCGAUAGUCCAUUUAUCAGACAACGUUUACAUCGGUUACGGCAUAGAGACUUCGAUUUAGAUGAAGAGCAGAGGUUCGGCAGAUGUGACUGCACCAGUUACUCGUAUUUCGUGCUUUCUAUGGUCCUUUUUUCUGUCGGAACCAUUAUCACAGUCCUUGCCUUGGGAGACGCCGAUGGUUACAUCUUGAGUAACUUAGGACACAUGUGGCUAGUGGGACCAAUAUUUAUAUGUUCCGGAAUGAUGGUAGCCGUAAAAAGUAUGUUAUAUCUGAGGAGAAAAAGUGUAAUACAAAUGCUGCUCCACCAACGUGCAAUAAUUAGGGACAUGGCUGCAGUUCAAGCCGAACAAUCUUACAGUGGCCAGGUCCCCAGGACAGCAUCCAGCGCCACCCUACCUCCGUCCUACGAUGCCUUAAUAUCAAGCGCUGCUCCGAGUAAACCGCAACCAUCAAGCUCUGAACCUCCUCCGCCUACUUAUGACGAAGCAAUGUGUCUCAUUGAUGAUGGGAAAAUAGCGGAACGAAAUGAUGAAGCUAAGGAGGAGACUGGCAAUCUAACUAAUGAGAACGCUAAACCAUGAGGCAAGCUUGCAUUUGUAAUAUUUGUUACUUCUAGCAGAGACUUGUUAUUAAUAAUGACUGCUAAUUUUCAUACAUUUUCUAUAUAUUACCCUUAAUUUUACAGUGUUUUAGGACACAACCUCUGACA